AUGACUAGCCAAUGUCUCCUGCUGUUCUCAGCCCUGCUAUUUAGUCUAGCCCAUGCAGAACAAAUCUUUCAACCUAGUCUGGUCCUGGAUAUGGCCAAGAUCUUAUUGGAUAAUUACUGCUUCCCAGAAAACCUAAUGGGCAUGCAAGAAGUCAUUGAGCAAGCAAUCAAGAGUGGGGAGAUCCUGGACAUCUCUGAUCCCCAAAUGCUGGCCAGUGUCCUGACAGCAGGUGUGCAGGGUGCCCUCAAUGACCCACGGCUAGUGAUCUCCUUUGAGCCCAGCAUUCCUGAGACUCCCCAGCAUGUCCCAAAACUUGCCAACAUCACUCAGGAGGAACUGCUCACCCUGCUCCAGCAAAUGAUCAAGUACCAGGUACUGGAGGGCAAUGUGGGUUACCUAAGAGUCGACUACAUCCCUGGCCAGGAGGUGGUAGAGAAAGUCGGGGAGUUCUUGGUGAAUAACAUCUGGAAGAAGCUCAUGGGGACCUCCUCUCUGGUGUUGGAUCUCCAGCACAGCUCAGGCGGUGAAGUUUCAGGAAUUCCCUUUGUCAUCUCCUACCUACACCAGGGGGAUAUCCUGCUGCACGUAGACACAGUUUAUGACCGGCCAUCCAAUACCACCACAGAGAUCUGGACCCUGCCCCAGGUGCUGGGUGAGAGGUACGGUGGGGAGAAGGACAUGGUGGUCCUCACCAGCCAUCGUACUGUAGGAGUAGCAGAGGAUAUAGCCUACAUCCUCAAGAAGAUGCGCCGGGCCAUUGUGGUGGGAGAGCAGACUCUGGGAGGGGCUCUAGAUCUCCGGAAGCUGCGCAUUGGCCAGUCAGACUUCUUCAUCACUGUGCCGGUGUCACGCUCCCUGAGCCCCCUGGGUGGAGGUAGCCAGACAUGGGAGGGCAGUGGGGUGCUCCCCUGUGUAGGGAUCCCAGCAGAACAGGCCCUGGGGAAAGCACUGACCAUCCUCACCCUACGCAGGGCAAGACCAGGAGCCAUUCAACGUCUCAUGGAAGUCUUACAGAAUUACUACACUCUGGUGGAUCGGGUCCCUGCGCUGCUCCAUCACCUCACUGCCAUCGACUAUUCCUCAGUGCUCACAGAGGAAGAUUUGGCCGCCAAGCUCAAUGCAGGACUGCAAGCCGUGUCAGAGGACCCCAGGCUCCUCGUACGGGUUUUGAGGCCUGAGGAAGCCACAACCGGCUCUGAAGCUAGUGAGGAGGAAGACGCUACACCCGCAGCCAAUGCGCUGCCUGAGGAUGAAUCCCAGCGGCAAGCCCUGAUAGACUCUGUGUUCCAGGUGUCAGUACUGCCAGGUAACGUGGGCUAUUUGCGGUUUGAUGAGUUUGCUGACUCCUCGGUGCUCGGCACUCUGGCCCCCUACGUGAUACGGCAGGUAUGGGAGCCCCUUCAGGACACCAGUCAUCUCAUCAUGGAUCUCCGCUACAAUCCGGGAGGGCCUUCUUCGGCAGUUCCAUUGCUCCUGUCUUACUUCCAGGACCCGGCUGCAGGCCCUGUUCGCCUCUUUGCCACCUACGAUCGCCAAACCAACCAGACACAGGAGCACCUCAGCCGUGCGGAAUUGCUCGGCAAACCUUAUGGGGCCCAGAGAGGCGUUUACCUGCUCACCAGCCACCAUACCGCCACGGCUGCAGAGGAGUUUGCCUUCCUUAUGCAAUCCCUGGGCCGGGCCACCCUGGUUGGGGAAAUCACAGCCGGCAGUCUGAUGCACACCCGCACCUUUCCUCUGCUGCAGCCCCCCAAUGGGAAUCUGGUUCUCACUGUGCCCAUUCUCACUUUCAUUGAUAACAAUGGCGAGUGCUGGCUUGGAGGGGGAGUUGUACCUGAUGCCAUUGUCUUGGCUGAGGAAGCACUCAACAAAGCUAAGGAAGUACUGGAAUUUCACCAGAGGCUAGGAGCCUUGGUGGAAGGCACAGGACACCUUCUGGAGGCCCAUUAUGCUCUCCCAGAAGUAGUUGGCCAGGCCAGCGCCUUGUUAAAAGCCAAACUAGAACACGGGACCUACCGCACAGCUGUAGACUUUGAGUCAUUAGCAUCCCAACUCACCAGUGACCUGCAGGAGGUGUCUGGGGACCACCGCCUCCACGUAUUCCACAGUCCCGGGGAACCGGUCCCUGAAGAAUUGACCCCACCACAAAAGGGGGUCCCUUCACCUGAGGAGCUGACCUACCUCAUCGAGGCCCUCUUCAAGACAGAAGUACUACCUGGGCAGCUGGGCUACCUCCGUUUUGACAUGAUGGCCGAGGCAGAGACAGUGCGAGCCAUUGCACCACAGCUGGUAGAGUUGGUGUGGGAGAAGCUAGUGUACACGGAAGCUUUGGUGGUGGACCUGAGGUACAACCCUGGAGGCUACUCCACAGCUGUGCCUCUCCUCUGCUCCUACUUCUUUGAAGCAGAGCCCCGCAGACACCUGUACAACAUCUUUGAUAGGGCAGCCUCCCAGCUCACAGAGGUUUGGACCCUGCCUCAGGUGGCUGGAGAACGUUAUGGAUCCAAGAAGGACCUGUAUAUCUUGAUCAGCCACACCAGUGGUUCUGCAGCUGAGGCCUUUGUUCACACCAUGAAGGACCAGCAUCGGGCCACAGUAAUCGGGGAGCCCACGGCAGGAGGGGCCCUUUCAGUGGGCAUUUACCAGGUGGGUAACAGCCCCCUUUAUGCUUCCAUGCCCACGCAAGUAGCCAUCAGCCCAGUUACUGGCAAAGCCUGGGAUAUGGCUGGGGUUGAGCCUGAUGUCAGCGUUCUGGCAAGUGAGGCCCUCAUGACCACCCAAGGCAUCGUUGCCCUUCGUGCCAAGGUGCCUACUAUUCUACAGACAGCUGGGAAGCUUGUUGCUGAUAAUUAUGCUUCCCCAGAGGUGGGGUCCAGAGUGGCAGCCAAAUUGGCAAAACUUCAGACCCAAUACAGGCAAGUCACCUCAGAAGGAGAACUGGCUGAUAUGUUGGGAGCAGAUCUGCAAACUCUUUCUGAAGAUAGACACCUGAAGACAGCCCAUAUCCCAGAAGACGCCAAGGACCGCAUCCCUGGGAUUGUUCCCAUGCAGCUUCCCUCUCCUGAAGCCUUUGAAGACCUGAUCAAGUUUUCCUUCCAUACCAAUGUAUUCGAAGGCAACAUUGGCUACCUGAGAUUUGAUAUGUUUGGAGACUGUGAGCUGCUCACACAAGUAUCUGAUCUCCUGGUCGAGCAUGUCUGGAAAAAGGUCGUACACACAGACGGGAUGAUUAUUGAUAUGAGGUUCAACAUAGGAGGACCCACAUCCUCUAUCUCGGCUUUGUGUUCCUAUUUCUUUGAUGAAGGUCAAGAAGUUCUUCUAGACCAGAUCUACAACAGACCCAACGAUUCCAUCAGUGAAAUCUGGACACAGCCUCAGGUUGCAGGUGAACGAUAUGGUUCCAAGAAAAGUGUAAUCAUCCUCACCAGCAGUAUGACAGCAGGUGCUGCAGAGGAGUUUGUAUAUGUGAUGCAGAGGCUAGGAAGGGCUUUGGUCAUUGGGGAAGUGACCAGCGGUGGCUGCCAACCCCCACAGACCUACCAUGUGGAUGACACUGACCUCUAUAUCACCAUCCCUACUGCCCGAUCAGUUGGCUCUGGAGACAGACCUUCCUGGGAGGGAGUAGGAGUAGCCCCUCAUGUGGAGGUGCCUGCUGACCAAGCCCUGAGCAAAGCCAAGGAGAUGUUCAGCCAUCAUUUACAGAGGGCAAAAUAG